AUGUCCACGAGGAAGUCCAGCACCGAUACCGACAACACCUCCUCUUCAAUCGCGCAGAGACUGUCCGACCCGGACAGUAUCAACCUAUGCCACAGGUUCCGCGAGUUGAAGUUCAUAGGUCGAGUCUUCAUCGUUACCGGAGGUGCACGUGGUCUCGGUCUGACGCUUGCUGAGGGUUUGGUAGAGGAGGGAGGCCAGGUCUACUGCCUCGACCGUCUCGAAGAGCCCGACAAAGCUUUCUAUGAGAAGAGGGAUCAGCUUGCCCAGAAGUUCGGCGACAGUCUCCACUACCGCAAGGUCGACGUCCAGCAUGCCUCUGACCUCAACGAUGUCGUCGCAGAGAUUGCAGGCAAGCACUCUCGACUCGAUGGCCUCGUUGCGGCUGCCGGCGUGCAACGAGUCACGAAGGCCCUCGACUACCCACCAGAGAAGAUCACCGAGAUGAUGAAUAUCAACUUCGGCGGAGUCUACCUGAGCGCGCAAGCUUGUGCUAGGCAGAUGAUCAAGUACAAGACGCCUGGCGCUAUGGUUCUGGUCGGGUCGAUGAGUGGCAAGGUUGCCAAUAGGGGCCUGUACUGCUCCGUCUACAACGCUUCCAAGGCCGCAGUUGAGCAGCUUGGACGCAGUCUGGCUAUGGAGUGGGGCCAGGCGAUCGAUGGCAAGCCGAUCCGUGUCAACGUCCUCUGUCCAGGCAACAUCAACACCCCUAUGGUCCAGAAGAACUUCGAAGACGAGCCUCAUCUUAAGGAGCUUUGGGAGUCGAGCAACAUGCUGGGUCGCAUCUCGGAUCCUGAGGAGUUCCAGGAGGCGGUCGUUUGCAUGUUGAGUCCCAAGUCGUCAUUCAUGACCGGUAGUUGCAUGCUCGUCGACGGGGGCUUCACGGCCUGGUAG